AUGAAUCAGGUGGAGCCUCCAACCGUUCAAGCACCGCCAGCUCAAGCACCGCCAGCAGAAGGAUGUGGCAUAUGUGGCGAUUUUAGCCACGGAACCAACGAGUGCCACCGAAUGGGGGAGUUCACACCUGAAGGGGAGGCAGAGAACCAGCAGCAGUUCUACCCACCUCAACAGCAGUUCCCCUUUCCUCAGCAGCAGAACUACCCUCAAGCUUACCAGCAACAGCCCCCGCAGUAUCAGCAGUACCAACAACUCCCGAUGCAGCAGGGGAAUUUUCAGCAGCAGCAGCAGCAAUUUCAGACUGCUCCUCAGCAGUUUCAGAAGCAAGCCCAGCCACAGAAGCCGACUCUCGAGGACACCAUGCAAUCUUUUAUGGAGAUGACCAAGCAGAGCAUGGAGUCCCAGUCGGCUACAAUCAAGCGUCUCGAGACAACCGUUGGGCAGCUCUCCGGGACAUUGAACCAGAUGCAGCAGCAACAACAACCAGGGAAGCUCCAUGGACAAGGAUUGCAGCCCCACCAAGCCCAAGCAGUUACUGUUUUACGCAAUGGAAAGGUGGUGGAUAACAAAGUGGAAGCCCCUGUGGAAGAACCACCCAAAGAAGCUCGCAUGGAAGAGCAAGUAAAGGAGCCGUUGCAGCCAAGAGAGGAGGAAAAGGAGAAGGAGAAGGAGCCCGAGGUGAAACUCCACAAGGCUGCCAAGCCAUACAAGCCACCGGUGCCCUACCCAAACCGGUUGAAGAAUGAAAAGCUGGACCAACAGUUCACCGAUUUCUACAACAUGUUGGCAAAGGUGAACGUGAACCUGCCACUCCUGGACGUGAUCAGAAAUGUCCCGGCUUACGUGAAGUUCUUCAAGGAGUUGGCGUCCAAAAAGCGGAAGUUUGUGGACAACGAGAAGAUUCUUGUGUCCGAGGUUGCCAAUUCCAUCAUGCAGCAGCCCUUACCACCCAAGCAACGAGAUCCAGAUAGAUCAGUUAGGUAUCCUCGCGGAGUUAUUGAGGAUAUCCUAGUUAAAGUGGGUGGUUUGAUUGUGCCUGUCGAUUUCGUUGUGCUUGAGAUAGGAGAAGUCCAUGAGAAUGGCAAGGAACACACUUUACUGCUAGGAAGACCAUUCAUGGCCACCACUAACACGUUGAUUGAUGUGAAAAAUGGAACAAUAAAAAUGACCGUGUUAGGAGAGUCUGUGUCUUUUUCUGUGCAUCAUAGUCGCGCUUUGCCAUCAUCUUCUUUCACUAAUGACUGCUCCUAUAUAGAUGCUAUUGAUGGCCUUGCCGAGAUGGUUUUUGCGCAGGAACAAGAGAUAGUGGAGAUCUUUGCAGGAUCGGCGGACAUGGAGGAGUUUGCUCGGGAAGCCGAGGAAAGAGAGAGAGAACGAAGAGACAAACUCCCCAUUGAUGAGCCUGUGGUGCUUGAAGAUGCCACGAAGUGCAAAAAGCCCAAGUUGGAACUCAAGGAUCUCCCUAAACACCUCAAAUAUGUGUACUUGGAAGAAGGAGAGGAGAAGCCCGUGAUCAUAUCCGCCGAGCUCACGCAUGAGCAAGAAAUGGCAUUGAUGGGAGUGCUAAGGAGCAACAAGUUGGCAUUUGGUUGGGGCCUUGCCGACAUUAGUGGUAUUAGCCCCGCCACAUGCAUGCAUCGGAUUCACCUCGAGGAUGGAGCGACACCUAAGAGAGAUGGUCAACGAAGACUCAACCCCGUCCUCAUGGAGGUAGUACGCAAGGAGGUACUCAAACUAUUGGCGGAAGGGAUCAUUUACCCUAUCGCCGAUAGUGAGUGGGUAAGCCCGGGUGCAUGUGGUGCCCAAGAAGGGGGGAAUCACAGUUGUCCUGAAUGA